AUGGCCAUGGUAGCAAAACAAGGAUGGAGUAUUUUGUCAAAGCCAAACUCUCUAGUAGCUAGAAUUUUCAAAGCAAGGUACUUUCCUCGUUCUUCCUAUCUUGAUUCUUCGAUUGGUAAUAACCCGAGUCUUGUUUGGCGUAGUUUGUGGAAGGCCAAGGUUGUUCUUAAGCAUGGUAGUAGAUGGAGUAUUGGAGAUGGUAGUAACAUUAAGGUAAUGUAUGACCCGUGGCUUCGAGAGAAAGGUAGUUGCUUCCUCAAUGGUCCGCAUGUCCAAAGCGCUUAUGAACUCUUUGUUAAAGAUCUUUUGCUUCCUAACAUAAAGCAAUGGAAUGUGGGUAAAGUUAAGCAAAUCUUUGAUACCGAAGGGGCUUCCAGCAUUCUUCGAGUUCCCCUUAUAGAUGAUGUGAGGGAGGAUAGGUUAAUUUGGCAAGAGGAGCAAAAUGGUGAGUAUAGUGUGAAAUCGGGUUAUAAGCUUUGGAAAGGGGUACAAAGUAGAAACCGGUAUUAUGGUGUUGAGGGUAAUUGGAAGAACAUUUGGAGUAUUUAUGCUCCACCUAGAGAGGUCGAAGAUGAGUGGCAUGCUUUUUUCGGAUGCGUUUCCAUCAUUCGUAGUUGGCGGGCAGCAGGUUUGUUAUCUAUUAUAGACCCUCGGUUGCAUACUUUCCAUGAUGCUAAGUCCCUUAUUUUUGAUGUUUGUAGUCACGAGGAUCGUAGAGAUGCGGGUCGUUUUACAGUUUUGCUUGACACUUUUUGGAGAAGUAGGAAUAAUGUGGUAUGGGAAGAUACCCGGGAUGAUGCUUUGAAUAUCGGGUUACAAGCUUAUCACAAUUGGUAUGACUGGUUUUUAGCUAGAGAUGAUCAUAAUCCGGUAGUAGUUAAUAAUCAUUCAGCUUGCUGGAUUCCUCCUUCGGGUAACCAACUGAAAUGUAAUUUUGACGCAGGUUUCAAUAAUGUGUGUGGAACAACAAACAGAGGGUGGUGUUUUUAG